GAUAAUUAAAACACUUCCUUUCCGCUUCUUGUAUGGACAGAGAUGAAAAUAACUAUUAACAUUGAUUUGCUACUCAAGAAAUUGCUGCAAGAUCAGCUACAUAUUUGAUAGCUAAUAACCACUUACACCUUAGGUCCUACUCAUGAUUACACAUCUUUUGUCAUUAAACUUGAACUUUGCUAGUGAAAUUUUGGCUCCAAAAUUUCAUCAGCUGACCGAUUAACAAGCUUCCUAUUGUACUCAUCGAUUGCAUAUAAUGGGUUUGUUGUGGAACAGAGUUCGGUUACCCAGCAUCGGCAUUCAUAUCACUAGCAUUAGAAUAACAAAAUCCGUAGGUUGAAGUGGAUCUGAGCUCCUUCUGCAUGAGGUCGUCAUCCGCUUGCAGGAUAUACUUAAAAUCUUUCCACAAAAAGACUAAUAUAUUUUGAAUUAUUCUAGAAAUAUGAAUAAUAAAUUUUAUUAUCAAGUGAUGUAGAAUAAUUAAAUAGAAACUUUAUUUCUCUAAUGCAUUCCGAAAUUUUGUAAUUUGAAAUGUGUUUUUUAGAGUGGUUUUGGAACAUAUAAUUUGAAGGGAGGAAGAAAAGUUAAAAAAGAAAGAAAAAGAGAGAUAAAAAGGUCAUCACAAUACAAUGGGAAGAAUGUAGGAAGAAAAGAUGGAGGUGUAAAAUCCAAUUGCUAAGAAAUGGUUAUUUGUUAUUGCAUGUUAUGGAAUAAGAGCUUUUUCUUUUUUUUAUCCACGUUUCCUUUUCUAAAUAUUUCUUAAAAAUCUCUCCUCACUCUGUAACCUCGCCACCACACCGCAUCCAUUCCUCUCACAUUCACCCUCACCAUUGCAUGUUCUGUACUUCCAUACGGUUCUUGCAUUCAGAUGCUCUCAUAUUUCUUUUUUUUUCUUUUUACAUCUCUCCUUUUUUCAUCAUUUUACUAACAAAAAAAUCCCUGAAACCCAUUUUGGUUUAAGGGUCUCCCAAAGAAACCCUUACUGAUCAAUUAUAUAUUCUGAAAUACAGAAUUAGCUGUACAUAAUGCAAGAAUUGAAAUCAAUUGGUGAUGGAGUUUCGAUUGAGAGCUCUUCUUGUCGCCCAAGAGUAUAAUAUAUGCAUGUAUAAGUUUAUUUCAAAUUAUGUUUUUCUUUAUUUAACAAAAUUAUUUAGUAUAUUUAAAACAAUACAAAUAUAUCACAGAAGCAUUAUAACUUAUACAUUAAGAACAACUUUGAUAUACAAAUUUGUUCAUAAAGCUUUUUUUAUCAGAAAACAAAAUGUGUUCUUAGUUCUGAAUAAUCAAACGCCAGUUUGUGAUGGAAUAUCCAAAUAUAAAGAGAAAGCGAAAGACAUAAAUUUUAUGCUGUUUGUUUUAAACCAUGCUUAGAACUAAGUUAGUAUAUUGAUACAUUUUGCGUCUUUUGAGUUGCGCAACACUGUUUCAUGGUGAGGCUGUGUAUUCAUUUGUCACAUUUAAAAUACAAUUUUAACGAAGUAGUCACACCUUAAAGCACAAUUUUUUUUAAAUGAAGUUUCGCUGUAAAGCACAUUCUUAGAAUUUAAGAAGACGUUUUCAAUUAAUCUUUUUUAUUCUAGUAGUGUUUUAAAGCACUACUUCACCUUUUGAAAAAAAUAAAUAAAUUUUACGAACAUUAUUUAAAACACAAAAGUAGUUUUAUGUUCUAAAACACAACUUUACAAAAUUUCAAAAAAAUUAUCUAUUUUAGUAACUUUUUUUCAAAAUUACCCCAUAAAUGUAAAAGACCCUUAUUUAUAUUACCCAAAAGAUAGCAGAUAAGGUGAUUGUAAAGAAAAAUGAACAGCUAUUUAUACCAGAAAAAAAAGUGAAAACUUUGUCUAGCAGCCAAACAAAGUACAAAAAAAAAAGGUUAAUUUAAAGCCAACAGUCCUAGUAAAAAGGACGUUCAAUACACCUGAGUGUUUAUUGUUGGCUGGCAACCGAAGAAAAUUCUGGGAAUCAUUAUUUUCUAGAGUUGUUUAGUUCACGAAUACAGUUAUUGAGAUAAUUUUUUUAAGGAAUGAGCCAUUGAAACUUGACCACAAACUCUAUAAUCCGACAUAACGAUAAACGAAAAUAGGUAGAAAGAGAAAAGUUAGAAGAAAAGGCACGCGAUAUUGGCGCGGCUCAAUCAGACCAGAGAAUCAAAGGUGAAUGAUUGAAGCUAAGCUCAACUUUAGCGCUUUAACACCAGCAAGCCCUCCCUUAAACACCAGCAGCAAAGAAGGGCAGAAGUGGUUGCUGAAGUUCACUGCAAUGGCGAGGCCAGAAAGGACGCGUAGAAAUAAAAGCCUAGAGACUCUAAUGGAUUCGGACAAACCAGGAAGAGGAAGAAAUGUGAACCAACAGGGACCCCAGAAGUCCACUCCUGGCUAUGGCCUUGAAUUCAGUAACCUCUCGUAUAGUAUCAUAAAAAAGCAGAAAAAGGAUGGAGUAUGGAUCAACAAAGAAACAUAUCUUCUCCAUGACAUCUCUGGCCAAGCAAUAAAAGGUGAAAUUAUGGCAGUCAUGGGGCCUAGUGGUGCUGGAAAAUCCACCUUUCUUGAUGCAUUGGCAGGGAGAAUUGCUAGAGGGAGUCUAGAAGGAUCAGUUAGAAUUGAUGGAAAACCAAUUACUACAAGCUACAUGAAAAUGGUGUCAUCAUAUGUGAUGCAAGAUGACCAGCUCUUCCCUAUGUUGACAGUUUUUGAAACAUUUAUGUUUGCAGCUGAAGUUAGGCUUCCUCCUUCCAUUUCCAGGGCAGAAAAGAAGAAGAGGGUGUAUGAACUACUUGACCAACUGGGCUUACAGAGUGCUACACAUACAUAUAUUGGUGACGAAGGAAGGAGAGGAGUGUCAGGAGGGGAACGACGAAGGGUAUCUAUUGGCAUAGAUAUCAUCCAUAAGCCAUCACUUCUGUUUCUUGACGAACCUACCUCAGGCCUUGACUCUACAAGUGCUUACAGUGUUGUAGAAAAGGUUAAAGACAUAGCUCGAGGAGGAAGCAUUGUCCUUAUGACCAUACACCAGCCUUCAUUUAGAAUUCAAAUGCUCCUGGAUCAGAUCACAGUCCUUGCAAGGGGAAGAUUGAUAUAUAUGGGCAAGCCAGAUGCACUACAAGAUCACAUGUCCAGAUUUGGAAGGCCUGUUCCUGAUGGAGAAAACAGUAUUGAGUAUCUUCUAGAUGUUAUAAGUGAAUAUGAUCAAGCAACGGUUGGGCUUGACCCCCUAAUCCAAUUCCAACGUGAUGGCCUGAAACCUGACCCCGCAGCCAUGACCCCUGUUCCAAAAACUCCAAGGACACCUUUCACAAGAAACAAUCCUUCAUCUAAGCACUUAAUUAGCCUACGUAGCCAAGGAUUUACUGCUGGAACACAACAACCUCAUUCUGCACAGUUUAGUUAUCGCGACGAGGAUGACGAUGAUGAGAAUUUCGAUAACUCCCUAGAAAGGAAUAGUGUCCCAACACCAAGGAAUAUGACCAGUGGUGUUCACCCACGUUUGGCUUCUCAGUUCUACAAAGAUUUCUCAGCCAAAGAUUUCUCUAUCUGGCUUUACAAUGGUGUCGUAGGAACGCCGCGGCGGCAACCAUCAUGGACUCCAGCAAGAACACCAGGAUGGACGCCUGGGAAAACACCCAUGUCAGGACCAAGAAGUGCAGUUUCCUACCAACAUUCUGCAGCUUAUCGGUAUCCUAAUCGCCCCAAAACUCCUGCAGUGGAUAGUCAGUCUAUGGACUAUUCGGAAACUUCAUAUGCCCCUUCUCUUGAAGGAUUUGAGAUUGAGGAAGUGGUUGAUGAGCCAGUUUUAGGAUCCAAGUACGCAAACCCAUGGUGGCGUGAGGUUGCAGUGCUCUCGUGGCGAACAGCACUAAAUGUAAUUCGCACCCCGGAACUCUUCCUCUCUCGUGAGAUUGUGUUAACUGUUAUGGCACUUAUCCUGUCCAGCAUUUUUGGAAAUCUGAGUCAUCAUUCUUUCAAAGACAUCAAUAGGCUCCUCAAUUUCUACAUCUUUGCAGUGUGCCUUGUUUUCUUUUCCUCCAAUGACGCAGUCCCAUCUUUCAUCAUGGAGAGGUUCAUCUUCAUCAGGGAGACUUCCCAUAACGCUUAUCGUGCUUCUUCAUAUGUUAUUUCUUCCCUCAUUGUUUACCUCCCAUUUUUCGCUGUUCAAGGACUUACAUUUGCUGCCAUAACCAGAGAAAUGCUCCGCUUGAAUAGCAGUCUCUUGUAUUUCUGGCUGACACUUUAUGCCUCGCUUAUCACUACUAAUGCAUAUGUGAUGCUUGUCAGUGCACUCGUGCCUAGUUACAUCACAGGGUAUGCAGUAGUCAUAGCCACAACAGCACUCUUCUUUUUGACCUGCGGUUUCUUCCUCAAGCAAACUCAGAUACCCAUUUAUUGGAGGUGGCUUCACUAUGUUUCUGCAAUCAAAUAUCCUUUUGAGGCAUUGCUAACAAAUGAAUUCAAGAACCUCGACUGCUACACAGGAAACAAAGCAGAAUUAUCCCCCGGACCUUUAGGAGACUUGAAGCCCAGCAAACAUCAUAACUCCAGUCUGCCAGAUAACUGCUUAUUAGGUGUAGACAUCUUGUCCUCAAUGGAUAUCAAAAUGCAAAACAUAUGGUAUGACAUUUUAAUCCUGCUAGGUUGGGGAGUUCUUUACAGGUUGUUCUUCUAUUUGGUUUUGAGAUUUUACUCCAAGAACGAGAGAAAAUGAACCAUUUACCGCCCCUUUUUAUUAGGAUAACAUGCUCAUAUAUGCUCCGACCUGCUAAAAGCUGAAGGUCACAGCGGUUACGUUAUUUCUUGUAUCAUUGCUAUCAUAUUCGUGAGAACUCAUUAUAUUCUGUUAAAGAAGCUUGCGAAUUUUCUGCAUCUGUUCCUAAGGUGCGA